AGAGAGAGAGAGAGAGAGGGUUUCCUUUUACUUUGUUGUGUAUAUGACUCUAAAAUAGCUUAGCCUUUUCGUGAUCAUUGUAAGUGCUUUCAAAAGAAGAGAUUGGAAUCUUUACAGGAAUGGCAGGUUCUUUGGUCCUUAGCUUCUCCUUUCUUGUGUGUAGACCCUGAACAAAGGAGGAGGAAACAAAGCUAGAAGAACAACCACGAGAGCUUUUCUGCUUCCUCUUGUAAAAUUGGUUUCUCUCAUGGUCCUCUUAGGUCUUUCCUCGUGUCUGAAUUAGAUUGCAGUAGGUUAGCUUUUGUGUGGUUGUUGAGAGUUCUUUCCAAGCUUCAGCAGACGGGCGGGUAUGCCAAUGCUAGAUAAGCAGACUUCCUAGCUUUUUCACUCUUGUGCGAGUGUCGACCCCCUACAGAAAGAGCUUUCUUAUUUUGUUGGUGAAGUUGGUGUCUGAGAGAUGGGAAACUAUAGGUUUAGAUUAUCUGACAUGAUGCCAAAUGCUUGGUUUUAUAAGCUCAAGGACAUGGGAAACAGAGGAAGGAAGAGCCAAAGCAACUCACGUUCCAUGAAGAAGUGCUAUCCUACUACAAGGACAUCACCACCCACACCACCAAAGCCAUCCACAACACCAUCCCCCGAACCCAAACCGGCCUUUCUUCCCAGAAGAGCCUCUUACUACAUCUCCAGCAGAGCUGAAACGGAGAAGCUCCCCAAUUCUCCCUUCCACCUCAAGGCUUCCGAGACCCACUUCCUCAUAGACCUUCCACGGAGAUCCAAGAGAAGAAGCAGAAGGAAGGCCGUCAAGCCUUCUUCGCCCACCACCAAGCUAGUCACCUCCUCUGUCUCUGCUUCUCGUAGCUGCAGAGCGUGGAAGUCUGAAGCUGCGACCGACUUCCCAGUGGCCUCCCUCGAGAGCCCGCCGUGCGACCGCCGUCACUGCAUCGAUGGCUUCGGCAAUGACCUCCACAAGCCCAUUAUCAGCAACAGAAUCGAAUUCGAUGGUGUUGACGGCAUCGCGUCAUGGUCACGCUCUUGUAGCUUCUGGGUCACCACCUCUGCGACCGAUAUAAUCAUUGAAUUGGGCACCAAGAGCUGCAUCUCUCGAAAACUCGAAAAGGUCAAGGACUGCACCAUGGUCUCAGAGCACGAACUCCCGCUGAUUCUAACAAAGCCGGCGAAGAAGGAAGCCGGCGCUGUUAAACUUGAUAAUCCCAACAUGUAUGCAAAGCAGGAGAUCUACCGCCAUCGUUGUUCUGUAAAGGAGCGGAGCAAGUGCCCAGUGAAGAAGUCCCCGCCUGGACUUCAUCGACUCAGGAUGCGGGAAAGCUCUCCAAGGCUCGUCGGCGAUAGGGUCCAGGCCCAGCGCAGCCGGUUGUCAACGACAGCGAGAAUGCAGAGGAAGGCAUUACGGGAGAGUUUUGCGGUCAUCAAGUCAUCAUCAGACCCUCAGAGGGAUUUCAGGGACUCAAUGGUGGAGAUGAUCGUCGAGAACAAUAUCCGGGCAUCGAAGGAUCUGGAGGAGCUUCUGGCUUGCUACUUGUCGCUGAAUUCGGAUGAGUAUCACGAGGUGAUCGUCAAGGCAUUUGAGCAAAUUUGGUUUCAUCUCACUAACAUUAGAUUGUAAAGAAGUAAGAAACAGAGUCCAUCAGCAUGGGAUUUGUAUUAAUCUAUGUUGAAUAAGUUGCUAUUACCAUGAAACGGAAUUCUCUCCAAUCACAGGACUUUAAUUUAUUGAGAUAUUUUGGUUUGAGUGUGCUUUCUUUUGGUUUCUAAUUUCCCAAGUUACAGCAUUAGCCUUCUUGAGCUCCAUGUGGCAGACAGAAACUCGACAAAAUCAAAUGAAUGAGCUACAUAGCAAGAAAUAAAUUUAAACUCUAGUGAUUCCUAAAAGACAGUUUUUCCAAAAUAGAUUGCAGACAGAUGUUAGAGCUCAAUCCUGUGUACAGAUUAUUGACAAAAUCUAAGCCUGCAUUAGUGCUACAGUUCA